UCUCACAAACUCAUUUUCCAAACUGUUCUUUUAACAAAAAUCAGCAACGCGUUUUACAUAGGAUUUUGAGAACUACUCACUGAGUGCAAAAAUUAGAUAGACAAGCACUAGGCAGCCUGGCAAUUGGCAAACCCGGCCAGUGAGUUGUAGAUAAGUUUUUCUUUGUUCUUGCAAAGAAUAAAGACAGGAGUGAAGAACAAGUAAGAAGACAGUAGUAUCUUCCGUGGGUGAUUCUGUGCUGCUCCUCGGCAGAAUGACAAUUCUGCCCCCAGCUAGCUGAACCGUCUCUUCCUCCUCCGUCCCGUAUAAACGCCGGAGCAGCACGCGAACGGCACCACCGUCUCGGCAGUCGUCAUCUCCAUUUCCCUCUCGGGCAACCUCCUCGACCUCAUAGCGGAUCCGUGGAAGCCAGGUCGUGCUGCAUCUUGUGAAUUGGGAGGGAGCUCUGGAUCGGCGGCGGCGAUGGGGUCAUCGUCUGCCGUGAGCAACGACGCCGUCGACGUCCUCGGCGGUGGAGCGGGGGAAGACCAGCACCGUCUGCGAGCGAUGGCGGCGAGGAAGGCGACGGACUCGCUCAGGGCGGCCGUGGGCAGGUCCGGCGCGCCGGAGAAGGCGGCCAGGCUCGAGGAGUGCGCAAGGAGCCUCGAGGCCGAGAAGGCCAAGAUGGAGGUCUUCCGACGCGAGCUCCCCAUCAGCGUCCACCUCAUCGCCGACGUGAUCGACUGGCUGAAGGACGAGGUGACCCAGCACCGGACGUCGGCGGCGCCGGGUCAGCUGCUCGCCCCGUUGGCUUCGCGGUCGCCGUCACCGGCGCCGCCGGCGAAGAGGAAGGCGGAGGGCGUGAAGACGGAGGCGGACGCGACCGACAAGAGGAGCUGGAUGAGCUCAGCGCAGCUCUGGACCUGCGGGAGCCACAGCACCGCAAGCACCAGCAAUGGCGGCAGCGACAGGAAACAGGCCCAAAAGGUGUCUAAUGCGUUCAUGCCACUGAAUGGGUUGCCAUCCUUCUCAAAAUCAUCGGAGAGAACAGAGACCGCAGCCAUGGCAGUCCCAGCCCUGUCCCUCUCAUCCCCCAUGAUCGACGCCCCCUGCCCAGGUGCCCCGAGCGCCAACAGCAGCGUGGUCACUGACGCCCGAGAGCAGCAGUCGCGCAAGGCCAGAAGGUGCUGGUCGCCGGAGCUGCACCGCCGCUUCGUCGCCGCGUUACAGCGGCUCGGCGGACCGCAUGUUGCCACUCCGAAGCAGAUCAGGGACAUGAUGAAGGUGGACGGGCUCACCAACGACGAGGUCAAGAGUCAUCUGCAGAAAUACAGGCUGCACACGCGGCGAACAUCCGACAGUGAUCGGCAGCAGCAGGCCGCCGGCGUGUGGUCGCCGCCAGAGCAGUACACCACGUCGCAGCACAGCACGUCGCAGUCCGGCUCGCCCCAGGGCCCCCUGCAGCUCACCGUGUCGGCGUCGGUGACCGCCGGAGACAGCUGCGAUGGCGGGGACGAGGAGGACGGCAAGUCGGCGAGCUACAGCUGGGAGAUGCAGCAUAACGGCACGAAGGCGUCGUCGUCGUCUUGAGCACCGUGGUCAUUGUAGAAUUUGCACAGGCAUACUGCGUUGGACAGCAACAACGCUACCGAGGAUCCAGGAUUGAGGCGUUUUUCCCCUUGUGUAUAGAGGGUGAGAGAUUCAGGGACUGAGAUGUGGGUUUUUUUGAGGUGGAAUGUGCUGAAAGUUAACUGAACUGAUCUGAUUAACUGAGUUGUUUUAGGGAUAUACAGAGUUAUAGUAAGACAUGUUUUCGAUCGCACUGUAUUGCACUAAUAUGAUCUUUCAGGUGAAAUCAGGUGACCAUUAUUUUAAA